AUGAACAGAAUCAAAUCAAAAGGACAUCACAAAUCCAAGAAGGUUCUCACACUACUAUGGACAUAUCGUGAUAAAUUCACAAAGAAUGCGACCCUUAUUAAUCGUCGAGUAUUAACACUCGCUGAUGGAAAUAGAGCCCUAAUGAUUGGUGAACAAGAAAGAAUUAUAACAUUGGAUUACCAUCAUGGAACUGUAUUGCAUAGAAUUUAUAUUCCUUUUUUCCCACUUCAUGCAAUUGUAAUGGAUCCACCCAAUGAUGGAAAUUUAUUGAUUUCUCGUGCGAAUAUCAUUGGAAAAUUUUCUCAAGAAGGAAUUGAAGAUACGAGCUUGAAAUGUGUGAUAACAUCAUCAGAGCGCUUUCCUGUGAUUUCUUCUUUAAUCUAUGACAGAGUCACAGGUAUCAUCCUGACGAGUGUUCAAAACGAAAUUCAAAUACACGACUCGUCUGGUACCACGCUUUUGAGAACAAUGAACUUUCAAAGUGUCAUUGUUGGAGUUUGUCUCAAUGAGUACACUGGAGUGUUACUCGUUGCUUGCAAAACCUGUUUGAACGUUUUCAAGUAG